AUGGCCGCCGGAAGGCUCCGUCCUUCAUCUACUGUGAAUCAUAAGACUGUUACACCGAGAUUUUUCCUGAACAUGUCCUCGUGGUGCAAGUUGAAGGCGGCAGCGGGCCAGCAGUUUGCAGGGGCAGUUCGGGAACAUGCAUCGUACAUCCUCCUAAGUACAUCUUGUUUAUUGACUAUACUCAGAACUCAGCCUACCAAGCUCAUCUUUGCGUGCUUGACGCACUCCCUUGAGACGAAAUGUAUACAGAGCAAACAUGAAAAGAGAACAAAAUUAAGCAUUAGCGAGCGACGCAAGGCAUGCGGGGCAGCGGGCGCGGACAGCGAGCGACGCAAGGCACGCGCGGCAGCGGGUGCGGGCAGCGAGCGACGCAAGGCACGCGCGGCAGCGGGCGCGGACAGCGAGCGACGCAAGGCACGCGCGGCAGCGGGUGCGGGCAGCGAGCGACGCAAGGCACGCGCGGCAGCGGACGUGGGCAGCGAGCGACACAAAGCACGCGCGGGCGGCGAGCGACGCAAGGCACGCGCGGCAGCGGGUUCAGGCAGCGAGUGA